GAGCCGGUGCUUGGGCUCGCCAAUGGAGUCUGGGCUCUGCAGCUAGGGGGCGGAACCUCCAAGGCCAGCCAAUGGGGAGCCUGCGUGCGGCGGGUGGGGCCUGCGAUCCAGUCGCGGGAGCAGUGGACCGGCAGCUGAGACCACGGCUCUGCAUACUCCGUCUCCAGGCUAUUUGCCCCGGACUGCCUGAGUCUGGUGCGUGUGGGCCAGGAAGGGCCGUAUUGUAGGGAAGAUUACAGAGGCGAUUCUGGGACGAGGCAGCACCGCGCGCAGCCAUGACCGAGGCGGCCGCUGCUCCGGACUGGCAUGUGGGGACUGACCUCCAACAACAGGCCCAGAUCCAGUCUGCAGAGAUCUCUCUUCUAGCCAUCCUGGCUGCUGUUCAGGCUGUGGAGAAGAAAACAGAGUCCCAGGCUGUCCAUCUUCAAAACCUGGAAAUACGAACAGGGUCGACUGAGAAGAGGCUGGCUGACUUUGAGAAGACAGCCAUGGAGCUUAGCAGCCAGCUGGAGGGCAAGUGGGCCGUGCUGGGGACCCUGCUGCAGGAGUACGGGCUGCUGCAGCGGCGGCUGGAGAACCUGGAGAACCAGAUGCAAAACCGGAACUCCUGGGUCCUGAGGCUGCCCGCCAGCAGCAAGGAUGAAGCCCCCAAGGUUUCUGUGAUGACUGAAGAGGUGGCUGGGUGUUUCCCCGAGCAACAAGAAUGCAGCCCGGAAGACUGGCAGAAGGAACUCUGCAAGCAUGUAGCGAAAGAGAACCAUGAGGUGCUAGGCUCUCCGGAAGCGGGGCAGCUGGAAUCUGCCCCGAGUGUUCUUCCCUGGAUCAAGCAAGAGGAAGAAGCCUAUGAGAAGACCCUGCGGGAGACGACCAGUGCGUAUCUGUGCUCAGAAGCCUGGCUGGCUAACAAGAGAAGGAACCUGGAAGGAGAGUCGGAGGUCCAGGAGCCAGCCUGGGCCACUGAAGGGAGACCCCACAAAGAGGACCUUGAGAGAAGGGCCUGUGGGGACCUGCUCCCUGUCUUCAGAGAGAGAGAGGUGUCCUCCCUCCCCCGAGGCUCUCCGAGUCAGCCUGUGCCCGCUGCGGAGGGCACUGACUUCGUUGUCAAAGAGCCCAGCCCCGAGUCCGAGCCCCCACACCAUGGAUCUCACCCCCUUGCCAGUCUCCAGUGCCCCCAGAGUGCCACACAGCAGGCCACGCCUACCAGGAACCCCCGUGCACCCACGGCCCAGCGCGCCCACACCUGCGUCCAGUGUGGCAAGAGCUUUGUCCACCAGUCAACACUUACCACGCACUACCGCACGCACACCGGGGAGAAGCCUUACAAAUGCGCCGAGUGCGAGAAGCGAUUCGGCCGCCUGUCCACACUGCUGGAGCACCAGCGCACCCACACCGGAGAGCGGCCCUUCCCGUGUGCGCAGUGUGGCCGCCGUUUUGGGCGCCUGUCCACACUAGUGGAACACAGGCGCACCCACACGGGUGAGAAACCGUUUCCCUGCACCCAGUGCGACAAGCGUUUCACACGCCUGGCCAACUUGACGGUGCACCAGAGCGUGCACUCGGGCGAGCACGCCUUCCAGUGUGCCCAGUGUGGCUCAUGCUUCACUCACAAGCCCAGCUUCCUGCGACACCUGCGCAGCCACUCUCAGGAGAAGCGCUUCAGCUGUGGCCAGUGCGGCAAGAGCUUCACCUGUCGCUCCUGGCUGGCGCGCCACCAGAGCAGUCACGCCCACUCAGCCUCCUCUGCUUCUGAGUCACCAAGCUGUGAGUCAUCUGCAGGUCUCCCUAAAGGUUCUGUCUCAUUCAGAUCCAAGGACGCCAAGGCCAGUCAGGACCACAAGGCAUACGGCAGAGGUCAGCAGCUCAGUGACCACGGCCAGGAAGGUCUGCAUAGCUGUCUGCCUGUCAAGAUGGAGAAUGCAGGGUAGCAUCCAGAGAGUUCCGUGGUGAGGCCACACAAGGCUUCUGGGUCCCUUUGAUCUAAGCUGCCUCUCCUAAGGUGCCCUUCCUGGUUCAGAUGUGUGGUACCUGCCACCUGCUAGGCUCCCCAGGGAAAGGUUUGCUGCAGGUACUAAGUGGCCCUGAGAUUCUUACUGCAGGGAAUGUUCCUGCACUGUAAAAUGUUGCAGAAACAGAGUCAUCAUCUCAGCAGUUUAGGCAGCAACAUGGGCUGUUUACCCAAAGGUGGCUGGCCGGUUAGGAAUGCUACAAUUUUGAAAAGGUGAGUUACUCUGCCUCUGCCUGAGCAACUCAAACUUGUUUCCAAGAUUUCCCUAGGACAGGACUGGGAAUGUGACGCAACGGAGUAUUCAUAUAGCAGGCAUGGAUGGAACCAUGGUUAGAUCCCCAGCACCAAAUCACACUGGCCUUGGUGUACAUACCUGUAAUCCUAGCAGUCCUGUUAAUGCAGGAGGAUCAGAAGCUCAAGGUCAGUUUGGCUACAUGUGUCCCUGUUUGAAUAAAAUAUCCUUCGGGAGUUCACAGCCACCCCAUCUCUAUCACCAGUCGAAUAACCGCAUGUGUGUUCCCGAGGACCCCCGCCGAGGGACUGGAGCUCUGUGUCACUAUCCCCACUUUGGAGGAAUGUGGGUAAACAGAACUGUGCUGCUUACUGUGCCCUCUGGGCUCUGUCUGCAUCUGGUGGUGGUUUUUACUGAAAAAUCUGAGAUUUCACAUAUUCACUUAAAACCUAUAAAUAAAGGUAUUUAUGAAGAACGAUAAA